GGGGAACAAAAUGGCCGAUCGACUUUUGUCAUUCUGAUUUUAAAAAGCGUGUUUUCAAGCAGAUAUAGUUUUGCGCGAAACGAGCGAAAUUUAAAAUUCCUUGCAAAAUGAGAAAAACUGUUGGUAAUAAAAUGAGGGUUUAAAAUUUCCGCUGGAUCCACUGCUACUUUCCGUUGGAACCGUCGCAUGAUUACAAAACGCAACUUAAAAUAUCUCGAAAACCAGGAAUCUUUCAAAAUUUUGCAAAAGGAACUUUCUCUUCGGUUUAAAACGGAGAACAAAAUGGCCGAUCGACUUUUGUCAUUCUGAAUUUAGAAAGCGAGUUUUCAGGCGGAAACUGUCCGUGCGCGGAACGAGCGCAAGAAAGCCGCUCCAGUUUUUCCGGAGCGAACCGAAUCGGCGGUCGAGAAGAAUUGGUCGCUUGUUAUGCGGCGAAGAAAAAAAAGGAAAAGAGUAGGAGGCACUUAUCUCCGACUAGCGUUACGCGAAAUGUACAGAGAGCCGGUGGAGAGGUGGACGGUCUAAUGUAAGUCGGCAUGUCGUCCACCAGGCCAGUCACAAAUCCGACCGUUCUCCGAUUCGACCGACUCUUUGCGCGAUUGUGCACCGCAAAAGUGAAUGGAGAAAUUGCAAGGCAUUUUCUUUCGUACUUAUCGAAGCCGAAGAGAUAUCUGGCAGGCAAAACCGAUGUCGAUUUUUUUAAGGAACAUCGAAAUGGAUUACAAGUUUCUUCACAAAGAUUGAGACUCAAGACGACUCUACAUAAGUGAGGCCACUGAUAGUCCAAAACUUCAGACAGGGGACACCAAAAUGGCGGUCAAGGAGAAGCCUCGAUUAAAGACGAGCGUAAAUUUCCGGAAGCUCGUUAAGAAACGAGUUCCGAUUUUCUCCUGGCUUCCGCAAUACGACUCCGAAAAGUUCUUCAGCGACAUAAUCGCCGGCAUUACGGUCGGCCUCACUGUAAUCCCCCAAGGACUCGCUUACGCCACUUUAGCAGGUCUAGAACCUCAGUAUGGCCUCUACUCCGCUUUUAUGGGCGCCAUGGUGUACGUCCUUUUCGGCUCCUGCAAGGACAUCACCAUUGGUCCUACCGCACUGAUGGCUUUAAUGACCCAUGAGUAUGUUCAAGGUCGAAAUGUUGACUUUGCCAUACUUUUGGCAUUCCUGACCGGAUGUAUGCAACUAUUGAUGGCUUUCUUGAGGCUCGGUGUACUUAUCGAUUUCAUAUCGAUACCAGUGACGGUGGGCUUUACGUCGGCAACAUCGGUGAUCAUCGUCGUAUCCCAACUGAAAGGGUUACUGGGUCUGAAAAUCACGGCUUCAGGGUUUCUCGAAACCCUGGCGAAGGUUUUCCAAAAUAUAGGACACGUCAACCUCUGGGACACUGGGAUGAGUUUGUCAUGCAUCAUCGUUCUCUUACUUUUUAGGAAAAUGAAAGACCUGCGACUAUGCAAACGUGGAGAGAAGCCAACGAGACGUCAGCAAGUGGCUAUGAAGACAAUAUGGCUGACCUCGACGGCAAGGAACGCGAUAAUAGUCGUCGUCUGUUCGACUAUCGCGUACAAAAUGGAGGGCAACAGCAGAGCACAGGCGUAUUUCGCCCUGACGGGCCCCGUUAAAUCCGGACUUCCGCCCUUCGGGCUGCCGCCGUUCACCACGGAAGUGCGGAACAGGACCCUCGGCUUCCUGGAGAUGUGCACCGAGCUGGGCCCCUCGAUAGUCCUGGUGCCGAUAAUCGGAGUCCUCGGGAACGUCGCCAUAGCCAAGGCCUUCGCCAACGGCGAUAACGUCGACGCCACCCAGGAGUUGCUGACUCUGGGGAUCUGCAACGUCCUCGGGUCCUUCGCCAGCGCCAUGCCGGUCACCGGGUCCUUCAGCAGAUCCGCCGUGAACCACGCAAGCGGCGUCAGGACGCCCAUGGGGGGCAUCUACACGGGGCUCCUCAUACUCCUGGCUCUGAGUCUGCUCACUCCAUACUUCCAUUACAUUCCGAAAGCUUCCCUGGCCGCGGUGAUCAUUUGCGCCGUAAUCUACAUGAUUGAGUACGAAGUCGUCAAGCUGAUGUGGCGCUCCAGCAAGAAGGAUCUAAUCCCGACUUUUGCUACCUUCGUCUUCUGUCUGAUCAUCGGAGUGGAGUACGGAAUCCUGGUGGGAGUCAGCAUUAAUCUCAUGUUCCUGCUCUACCCUUCUGCAAGGCCAACGAUCCACGUCGAAAAGUGUCUCACAGAGGCCAACGCAGAAUAUUUAUUAGUGACUCCCGGAAACAGUAUGUAUUUCCCUGCUAUUGACUUUAUCAAACAAUGUGUCGGCCAAGCAGGCAGAAAAGAAGGUUCCAGCCAACUUCCGGUCGUUGUCGACUGCCGAUACGUUUUAGGAGCUGAUUUUACAGCUGCAAAGGGAAUCUCCGCUCUGAUAAGCGAAUUUAAGAAUCGCAAACAAGGACUCUACUUUUACAAUCCUCGAUCGGACGUUGUUGCAGUAAUGAAAGGAGCCUGUGGGGAAGACUUCCAAUAUGUUUCCACGCAAGAGGAAUUAUCUUACUUGCUGAAUGCAACUGCAGACAAAUCAAGGGAGCUCCAGAUUCCACGAGACCCUUCAAAUCUGCCUCUAAUGGCGAUUAAUUGCGAUCUAAUCCACCGAAGUGUUCAUUCUUCAUGCCACGAUCUCAGCGAAGUGACUUCGACAUUAUUGCAUGCGACACAAAGCUAGGAUCUAAAUUAAGGACUUUUUAAAUCAUAUAGCAAGACUCGUAGACAUUAUUUAAUUGAAUAAGAAUAUUUAAACCUUUGUGCUCUCAUUUUUUUUUAUAUUUAGAGUGUCUCAGACCUUGAGGACAAAAAAUAUAUGGCGAUAAUCUCUGUUUAAUUCUGAAAAGGAAUGUCCGAUGCAAACUUGACUCCGAAUUGUAGUUUCAAACACUGCAGUAGUUUAAGACGAAAUGAAGACGGUUCGGUACAAUAUCCGUAGGAAAAAAGUGUCUUAUUCGAGUCGACUGAUUUGAGGGUUAUUUUCACUUAACCUUAAACUACUGUAGUUUUAAAACUACAAUUGGAAUCCAAGUCUGCGUUAGAUAUUAUUCUUCAAAAUUAAAUAGAUUUUAUCGUCACGUAUUUCUUGUUCACGAGGUCUGAAACACCCGGCAUAUAUUUUAAACUUCACAUGACUCAAUCUCGCUCUCUAUUCAUUAUCUCAGGUUGCUCAAAGGCAAAUCGUUAAACUGAACGCACUGCGGAGUAAAAAAGUUCCAUUCCUUCGAAUAUAUUUUUCAUUCGUAGUUAAGCGUUUCCUUUAACCGUAAGAAAUGUUUACCAAAUUCCAAUUUGUACAUGACUUUUUGUGAAUAAUUCCUUAAUGAACAUUGCAGGAAAUUGUAAAGGCACGAGCAAAACUUAAUACGAUUGUUUUUCUAGAUGAAUACAACAGAGUAUUAUUUAUUUAAAAAAA